CCUCCCGAUAGUACGUAUGCCUGGUUCAUUGUGGUUGCAGCGUUUUUAAACCUAGCAACCACCAUGGGAACGCUGAAUUCGUUCGGUGUUUACCAAGAAUACUACCUGAACGACCUGUACAAGAACGACUCGGCAGGAGUCAUUGCAUGGAUAUCGACUCUCAACAUAUUCUGUACGUUCUUUGGAUCGGUCGUGACAGGGAAGCUGACAGACGAGUUUGGGUUCCGCAUUACAUGCCUUGCGGGUGCAAUUAUUUGCGGCGUAGCUCUGAUUUUGGCAUCGUUCACGCACACGGUUUGGCAGCUGAUGUUAACCCAAGACAUUAUGCUUGGGCUUGGUACCUCGUUGGUAUUCUCUCCUUCCAUGUCGGUUGUCGCUCAGUGGAACGUCAAACAUCGCAUUCUGGCAACAGGGAUCGCGGUUUCAGGUGGUGGCGUAGGGGGAAUGAUCAUCUCAAACGCCACACGAAGGAUGAUUGAUGGUAUUGGCUAUUGCUGGUCGCUGCGCGUGCUGGGGCUACUUGUUACCGCAAUCAGCGGUUCGGCAUCGCUAGUCUACAAACGUCGAAUGUCUGCACCCAAAACUGGAAAUAGCGCAUUGCUAUUUAAUCUGUUUAGGGACCCACGCUUCCUUUGCAUUAAUGCUGCUCUCAUGUUCUUGGACUUUGCGUUUUACGAACCAAUGCUGUACAUGCCCACAGCAGCCGUUAAUGAAACCGGACUAAAGACGACAGCCUCGAAUAUCGUGCUAGUAUUUAAUGCUGGCACAGCUGCUGGCCGUGUUCUGUCUGGACCUAUAGCGGAUUUGCUCGGCCCACACAAUACUAACUUGGCGGCAAAUAGUCUGAUAUGUGUUUUGAUAUUUGUUUUUAUGCAGGGGGUCAAGACGAUUGCUGGGUAUUACGCGUUCAUUUCCCUGUAUGGCAUACUCUGCACAUUGUAUCUGGCCAUCAAUGUGCACAUCCUGGCUGACGAGUUUGGCACCCAGGCUAUUGCCACUGCAGUCGGAUUGAACACCGCGUGCUCUGGAGUUGGCUCACUGGUUGGGAACCCAGUGCUAGGUGCCCUUUACGAGAAUUAC